CUCCUCAUCUUCCUCCCUCCCCCUUGGAAAUAAUCUUCCCUACUCUUCCAAGAAACCUAGCCACCAUUUGCAAACAUGCAUGCAGGUGCGCCCUUGCUGGAUUUCAGCUGCCCUCACCAUAUGCACACGAGCACUCUCACAUGAGCAAGUGGGCAUGGAUAUAUAGACCUAUAUAUCCGUCGACGGAUUAGCCUUGCAAACAGCAGUAUUUGGCCAUGCAUAAGCACGGGCAAUCGGGCAUGAGAAUAAGGUGCCGCCUCCGGCCUAGUAGUCGCCGGAGAUGUCGGCUUCUUGGCGGCGACACGACGGCCUUCUGCGCCUCGCUCGUCGAGGGGCUGGCACACCUCGAGAGCACGCUGGAGGUUGAUCAUCACGGCGGCGGCGGUGGUGUGGCGUCGCCGGGGACGGUGUCCAUGCGAUGGUGCGCGGACGCCAUGCGGCUCGUGAAGCGGAUGCAGCGUGAGAUGCUGGCCAUCUUCAGGAAAGCCGAUGUGCCGGUGGCCGCCGCCGCCGUCUCCUCGUCCGGCGCUGCCGCGGACUGGUUCGAGCACUACAUGCAGGAGACGGCGGCGCUGCUCGACUUCUGCAACGCGUUCAAGGCCGCCGUGUCGCGGAUGCACCGCUACUGCAUGGUCGUCGACUUCGCCGCGCAGGUCGCGGGCCGCGCCGCCGGUGGCCGCGACGGCGGCGCAGCAGCCUUCCUCGUCGUGGAGAGCGCCGGCGCCGCCCCUGAACCGUGCCAGGCCCAGUCGUCGUCACCGCCGGCCGCCUUCCGCGAAAAGAUGGCGGACGCGAAGGCGGCGGUGGCCGAGGCGGAGCGUCUGGGAAGGGCGAUCAUCGUCUCCGGCGGCGCCGGCGGGGACGCUGGCGGCAUGGUCGUCGUCACGCUCGUCGCCAAGAUCACGACGUCCAUCCUAUCCAUGUUCGUGCUCCAGGCUCUAACCGCCCCGGCCACCGUCGACAGCGGUGGCGUCCGGACCACGAUCGCCUCCGCCGUUGGCGUCGUCCCUGAGCUUGAGCCGUGGCGCGAAUCGUUGUCGUUGAUCCACGCCCGGUUCCCGAGCCCUGCGGCCGUGGCAGAGCACGAGAAGGUCGCCACUGCGGUUCGAGACCUCGUCAAUGGCAAGGUCGACGGCGGCGAGCAGCUGCUGAGGGCACGGUCAGGUGAGCUCAGGGAAGGGGUGGAGAUGUUCGACUGUGUCCUUGACGAAGUAUUUGAUGAGGUGGUCAGGGGAAGGAAUGAGAUGCUGGGGAUCCUCAGAGACAAGGCUCUAACUUGACCUUGAGGUGAGCUUUAGAUUACCCACUGGAUCAAUCCAUUGAUUGACCUUGCGCAGGUUGGAGAUCUUCAGAAUUAAUGCUGGGCUUUAUGCUGAUUUCUAUUUGAUCAGCUGGAUUUGUUUUGCAAGUGGUGUAGAAAUGUAAAAAAUCUUCAGUGUCAGAUAUGUGUAUGCAGAUGUCCAGAUUUGUUUUCAUUUCCAAUGGUUUGUAAUUUUACUUGUAUUGACCUUCUGUCUGAAGUGAAAUUAUUUUUGCAUGUCU